AUGGAACAAAACACAAAUGUACCUUAUCCAAAUUAUUAUAUAAAUGAAGGAAUAAUCAUGAGUACCAACGAAAGUAACAAAAUGGUAAGUGAAGAGAAUGAUACAAAGAUUGUAGAUUAUAAUAAAAAUGAUAAUAACAUAAUUUUGAACAAGAGUGAAGCAAAACAACAGGAAGACCACAAUUUAAUCACUAAUGAGAAGAUACAAAUUUGUCCCAAAUUAAACAGGAUUAAUACCAAUGCUGAUGAGACAAGGGAAGAGAACAACAAAAAUAAUAGCAUAACAGUCGAAGGAGAAAAUAAUGAUACACGGGGUAAUUAUGAAAUGGACGAAAUGGAACGACGUGGUGAAAAGGAUGGAAAGAGAGAGAGUGACAAAGACGAAAGCAUAGAAUUUGAAAAAAAGAGAACAAAAAGCUACAAAGAAAAAAAAGAAAGAGAAAAAGAAAUGGUAGUAGCAUAUUGGCUAAAAGGAAUUGUGAAGAUUUUAAGUUCAGGAUUAAAAAAUGGAGAUAUAAAAGGGAGUAAUUUUGUGGGGAAAAAAAUAGCAGAGGUGUUAAAAAAAGUUGUAGAAAUAUCUCACUGGAAUAACGUACAUGAUUUAAUAGAAAUUAUAAAAUAUUUAGGGAAAGAAAUAAUAAAAAAUAAUAAAAUACAUUUUAUUAUACCAAAUGUUAUAAGAAGAGUUUUAACAAUUGUGCGAACUGAACAUUUUAAACAAUUAUAUUUGUACAAUAAUAACUAUAUUGAUAAUUUAAAUAAAGAUAACAAUUUCCUUAUUGAUGAAAAUACGAAUAAAUGUUUAAACAAUAAGUAUGUGUACGAAAGAGAAAUAGAAAAUUUUGAAAAAUCAUUUUCUUUUUAUUUUGAAAAUAAUAACAAACAGAAUACAUAUCAUAUUCCUGCAACAAAUACUUUGAGACAUUCAAUAAUUGAAGGAAUUACAGAAUUAAUUGCUGAUAUAGACACAUCGUGGGGAGAAACAGAACAAAGAACUUCUUACGAUUUAUUUAUGGAAAAUGAUGUUAUUUUAACAAUGGGAUAUUCAUCUGGUGUAGAAAAAUUUCUAAAAAAUAUAAAUAAAAAAAAAGAUGGAAUUUCUGUAAUUGUUGUUGGUGGAGAUAUUAAUCGAGAUGGAUUUCGCAUGGCAAAAUUGUUAAGUGCUGAUGGGGUGGAUACUACUUACAUACCAGAUUCUGCUGUAUUUGCAGUUAUACCAAGGGUAACAAAAGUUCUUCUUGGUAGUGUCGCCGUUUCAUCUUCAGGAGGUGUAAUCUCCAAAAUUGGUGCAUAUAAUAUUGCAUGUUCGGCUCAAUUUAACGCAAAACCAGUGAUUAUAGUAUUGCCAUUAUUUAAAUUAAUUAAUGAUCCAUUUUAUGAUCCAACAAAGAAAAAUGAAUUGCAACCAGGACCUUCUAUGGCUUACAAUGAUGCUGAAAAUUUGUAUGUUCGUAUACCAAAGUAUGAUUUUAUUCCUGAGAAAUUUAUAGCUCUUUACAUAACUGAAAUUGGCCCAUUGAACUCCUUUCAGUUGUAUACUAUGUCCAAGCGCACUUAUCACCCCGAUGACUUAGACCUGACCUUCGACUGA